CACGCACACACACAACAGUUCUUUGGCGCCUCCGUCUGAUGAGAGGAUAAAUUCUGUAGCACAGCGCCGUUACAAUUUGCAAUGGCUGCAGCUUUGUCCCGUGCUCUCAAAUUGCCUGGGAAGAAGGGCUCGGAGCUUGGAGAGUAUGACCCCCUCACUCAGGCCGACAGUGAGGACGAGAGCGAGGAGGACGACCUGGUCCUCAACUAUCCCCGCAAUGGCCUGGGGAGGGGCAACUGCAUAGGUACAGGUACCUCAGAGCUGAGAGGGAGCAGAACAGGGAGGCUCGUAGGGGAUGAAGAUGAGGCAGAGGAGGACGAUGAUGAGUGGAGAGAACGGCUCCCAGGAAAAAAGAGGCAGGAGAGAGAGGAGAAGGGCAUGCAGUACUGGAGCCAGAGGGAGACAAAUAGGGAUGAGGGAGAAGAGGAUGGAGGAGGGCUUGGGGCCUCUGGUGGCCCUGGAUUGGGUGUCAGUGCCAGUGCUGACCCGGACGGGAAGAAGGCUAAGGUGAGGGGAGCCAUCCAGGCAGCGUUUUUCCUGGUGCCUCUGGUCUGUGCCAUGCUGGUGGUGCUGCUGUGUGCCUUUCUGGUGCCUUGUCAGCAUGGGGAACUGGACAAACGGCCACAGUGGGAGAAAGAGCUGGGUGAUCACGUGGGAGGUGUUACCCCACCUCCUCUUGCACUGUGGGAUGUUGACAAUGAUUCAGUUGAGGAUGUGCUAAUAGGAGUCACUCAAAAGAGCAACAAUACCCAUCUCUCCAGUUCUGCGGGGAACAACAAAGAGUACAGUGUGGUGGCCCUAUCUGCAUUCAAUGGUGAGGUGCUUUGGAGGAGGGCCCUCAGGGAACCUGUGGAGUCCAUCCAGUGUGGGCUGCAGUACGAAGCCCACCCAUCACCACUGCCAGCAGGGGGUGCUGCCCUCAGAGCCCUCCCCAACAGCGCCAUUCCCCUAUCUGCCCAGAGAGACAGAGCUCGCGGCCCCGUGUGUCUGCUCAUCGAGUCUGCACACCUCACUGCUGUCAACGGCACCACAGGGAAGAAGCUGUGGUCAGUAGCACCAGGGGAGAUCCAGUCCCAGGCAGUUUCCCUGCCAGAUCUCCAAGGUGACUCUGUUCCUGACUUGCUGAUUGCCACUUUACCUGCUGACCAGGUGUCUGACCUCUCACUGCUCCUGCUGUCUGGGCUGACUGGAGCUAUGCUUGGACAUCCCGUGACCUUUAACCUCACAACAUUUAAUGUCUCUGGAAAGCUGAUCGGUCCCCUGUUUCAUGAGACACAUCUGGGGGCAUAUUACAUUCUAUUUGGUCUAGGCACUGUCGAGGCUGUAUCCCUGGGAGAUAUUUACACUCGGGCUACUGGAAAAACACCAAUAUCCCCUGGUCUAAGACUGAAGGAACCUGGCUGGGAAAAGCUUAGGAAAACCAACUCCUCCCUCAUACACAUCUCCAGUGGAACUGAGCAAGUGGAGUUCUUGGUCCCCCUAGUGGCUGGCUUGUGUAACAACCACAACAGCCUGGACUCCAUCUCCAAUCUCAACUCCAGCCGCAGUGACUGGGUACUGGUGUGUGGCAAGCUCUCCAGCAAGCUCUCUGUGCUGAGAGAGAAGGACGCACACACCGAGUGGACUCUUACCUCCUCAGCCAUACACAGUCGUCCAGCACCAGGCCAAUUCAACGAUGAUGGAAUCCCAGAUCUCCUCAUACAGAAGUCUGGAGCCCCUAGAAUGAGAAAAGUUCAGGUGGUUGAUGGAGCCAGUGGGCGUAGUCUGUGGGAGACAGAGUUUAUUUGUCCACGCCUUGACCUGGAAGGUACCUCAAUCAUGACAUCUGGUCAAUCAGCUUUCCUUUUCUGGGCCGGUGACCCUGUCAGACCACCAAAGAACCUCACCAAGACAACUGUGGCACCAGGGGCGGUUCAAGCCAUGCCAGUCAUCCGAAAGCUCUUCAUGUUACAUCCUGCAUAUCCCACAAUCCUCCUGGAGCUCGCCAGCACCACAGACACCAUUCUUACUGCUGCAGUGAGUUACCAGGAGCCGCAGAAGGAUGCCUCCUACAUUACCGUGUCCUCCCGGCCUACCUCUGGCCUGGGACCUGGGUCUCGGGUGGUGAAGAGCAUGAGCCUCAGGACAGCAAUCACUGCUGGACAGAUUGUGAGGCUGGGAGAGAGCAGCACCGCAGGGGUACCAGUCAGACCUGGAGUAUUUGAGAUAAACAAGUUCUUCAGGCGUCUCACCUUCAAAAACCAUUAGAGAGGAGUUAUCAUUUGCUGGUUCUACAUGAUCCGAGGGAAACCACUGGUGGGACCAAACCUGUGGAAACACCAAGUGAAGGAGAUUUAUCUCAAGCUGUUUACAUUUCCACUUUUGUCCAAAGUACGAUUUUAAUUACUAUUAUUACUCAUCACACUUGCUGAAAAAUAUUUAUUUUGCUCUAUUUGUAUUAUAUGUGUAUAUAUUAUGAGUUGACUUAUUUAUUUAUGACCAGUCCUUUUUAUUGAAUUUAAUAUAUCAAUGACUAUUUACCUUGUUUGGGGUGAAUGGAAAUCAAAAUAUGUAAGUAAGUACAUAGAAGAAACGUCUGGAGAUCAAGCACAAUGAUUUG